GGCGAGGAGCCCGGGAGCCCGGCCGCUCCGGCUCCGACCCGGCGGCCUCUCACUGCGCAGGCGCCGGGAGCAGACAAUGAAAGGGGCUGUGCAGAGGGUCUCCCGCAGGCUUUCCCGGGUCCUACUGCGCACGCGUGCCUCCAAGACCCGCUGGAACAAUGAAGAAGGACCCCAGCCUUAGCGGGCGCCGCAACUCACAGGGACUACAGUUCCCAGCGGGCAGUGCGCCAACUCCGAGGGGAGGUGGGGUUGCUGGGCAUGCUUGGAUUUGUAGUGUGAGCCGCCUUUCACAAUCCAGGCUCUUCGGGAGAUGUUUAGAGCCGCUUUCUCCUGAGAAUGUAUUUGGCCGUUUUUGACAAACGUCGUGAAGAGUGCAGAGUUUGUUAUUUGCGUCUUUGAGAAGCUUCAAGGCUCGGAUGCUUGCAUGCACAUGUCGAAGGGUCCAGGCCUUGCUGUCAGUAGGGUGAGGUCCCACAGCAGGAUGGGAUGAAGGCAGGACUAAGCCAGGAAAAGGGCGGAGCCUCCUAACAGUCCCUUGGCAACCGGAUCCGGCCAGCAAACCGUUGCAGCCUGUGUACUCGGGGCGCGGUGCCCUCUGGGAAUUGUAGUGUCCUUGGACGGGCUCCCGGGAAAGUCGAGGCUGCAAGCCCGCAGUCUGUGAACCACAAGUCCCGUCAUCCACCAGGAGGGCCAGUGGGUGGGAAGGCUGAGACCCUCUGAGUGGGGUUCCAGGCUCCCCGUUGACAGCCGCGGCAGGAAGCAGGCGGGUCCUGCCGGGGCGCCAAGGCCUCCUGUCCUCGGAGAGGGGAUCCCUGGACACUGUCCCACCUCACUCCUCUCGCGGGGCCCCGAGUCUGCGCAUGGAGAAGUCCCUGGAGAACUCCAACCUGGAGGAGUCUCUGGGGCAAUACCAGCGGAGUCUCUGGGAACGUGUGAGGAGAAGCUUUCACCAGCUGGGCAAAUACAAUGCCGCUGUUAGAGGUGGUGCACCGGAGCCUCCGGUUAGCGCUGAAGGAGGAAGUGAGGACACUGGGGCGGCCGGGCACGAGCUACAGCACAGCCAUGCCGUUAUUCAACUCAAAGCCUUGUUGUACCAACAAGCAACUAAGGAAAAUGAGGUGUCUCCAUCAAGAAGAAGAAAAAUGUCCCCUUCGAGGGUAUUACUCCUGAUUGAAGCAGUGUGA